AUGCAGGGGCUCAGCGCCGCGUCUCCCGCCGCCUUCCUCCUCCUCCUUUUCCUCCUGAGCCCGCUGCAGCCGGCGGGAGCGGCUGCUCGGGAGGGCAGCGAGCAGGAGCUGGGCGCCGGCAGCCGGCGGGCGGCGGGGGCGGCGCGGGUGGCUCUGCAGUACCUCAACUUCCAGAGCGCCUCUCCCGCGGCGCUGCGGGCGCUGGGGCAGCUCCGCAAGGCCACGGUCAAGAGCACCCCAGACUCCGGGCACAAGUAUUACCUGCAGUUCACUGCUGAGGACUACCAGAGUGGGGAAAACGCUGGCAGCUGCCUUGCUACAGUGCUGUAUCCAAAGCAAGCAGCUCCACCUGUGGUCACCAUCAAGUGCACACCCACCAAGGACCAGAAACAAAUCCAAGAGGAGGACAAGAGACUUUACCAAACCCUGAGGCACCAGACCAAACCCAUCACUGCAAGCAACAUUCCAGACAGCUAUGGCAACAUUGAACCUGCCCUGGAGCCUGUCUGGGCUCUGGCUGUGGCUGGCAGCAGUUACAUCAUGUGGGAGAAGUCAAGGGAGAACUUGGGUUACUUCAUGGCACAAGUCAAGUCUGCCAAGCAGUGGAUAAGGAAGGAUGAAUUUAUUGAGUUUGACUACACUGUCCUGCUCCAUGAAAUCCCAACACAGGAGAUGAUUUCAUGUCACAUGCGCCUCACUUGGCUUCCUGGGCGCCCUCUGAAAGUGAAAUACUUCUGUGCCUCAGAGAAUCAGGGGCUGGAUGAUGGCUCUGGAGUGGGCUCUGGAUCAGCUGCUGGAAUUUUACAGGACAGAGCAGUGAAUCUUUAA